AUGGUGCGUAGAGUCGACACGAACGACAGCGUAGAGGACAAGACUAACGUCCCGCAGGAGUCCGCCGCUUCCAAGACCCCCGUCAAGCUCGCUCGUGUCCUCAAGGUCCUCGGCCGCACCGGCUCGCGUGGUGGUGUCACCCAGGUCCGCGUCGAGUUCAUGGACGACACCUCGCGUUCCAUCAUCCGCAACGUCAAGGGCCCCGUCCGUGUCAACGACAUCCUCGCCCUCCUCGAGUCGGAGCUACGCACGCCGGCGUCGGCGCUCGACUCGCUCCCCGGCGCCGAGUCGGACCCCAGCCGCAUGGGCAUCUUCCUGUGUCUCUUAGAUGACCGGCCACACCUGCACCCCUCGCUCGCGGCGCUCAACGCCCACCGCCUGCGUGUGCACCAGCUCCCGGCGCCGACUGACCCCGCUGCCUUGCCUUCCGGCGCUGGGGUCGAGUGGACGGCAUGGCGGCUCUCGGAUGAGGAGGAGGCGCGGAGGGCGGCGUACCUCCCGCUUCCAUGA